AUGCGUCCGCCCUCCACGCUAUGGCUCCCGCUCGCGCUGUCGGCCGCCCACGCGCCCGUGGUCGCGGCCUCUGGCAACUCGCUGCCCACGUGGCUCGCCUAUGUCACUGGCGGCUUAUUGGUCAUAAUUAUCGUCUAUUAUUGCUGUCGCCGCGCGCGAUUCGACGAAAACCUGCAACAGCCGCUCCUCGGCGGCCAGUACACGGAAGACGGACAGCCAAUGACGCGCCAAGACGUGCAAGAGACGCAGGACGAAGUGACGACGCAGUGGCAGUGCGAAGUGUGUGACUUCCAGAACAAGAGCUCGACCAAAGCCUGUGUGCUCUGCGGCACCGAGCGCGGCUUUAGCCUCGGGCUGCACUCGCCCCGGGCCGCCCCCACGGCCUCGACGGCCUCGACGGCCAUUGGCUCGUUGACCGUCGGGACCGACGUCUCGCGCGAGAAGAGUUUCAACCGCACGCGGUCGUUUGCCAUUCGACGGCUCAAUAUGCUGAACGCGCGUCAACGCGGCGCUCGGAAUCGACAGGACUGGGUCCGGAAAGUCGGGACCGAUGGGAAACGCUAUUGGGCCAAGCGCGAGCUGCCGUUUCCAUUGGGCAACGCGAAGCCCGUGGCGGAGAACAAGAGCCAGUUGAGUGCGUCCGACGAGCCCGUCCAGGUCUCGAGUCUACGGAUCGAUGUCGCGUCGCUGGACGCUGGGCUGCAGUCGCCGAAGAGCGGUGCAGGUGCUGCAGGGUCGACGACGGCUCCUGUGACUGGAACGACGGACUCGGGGAAGGAGUUGGUGCAUCAGCCGUCACUGGCGUUUGUGUCGCAGUUGGCGCAAACGCCGCGCCAUCCGGAAGGUCGCAUGACGUUUAAGGAAUACCGGGAAGUGGAUGCCCGCGUGGCGUCGCGUGGCUAUGAGAUAUCGGAACAGGACUUGGAGAUCCUGGAACAGGUGGCUGCGCUGCCGUUUAAGGACAAGUACGCGUGGUUCUUGGAACAGACGUCGGCGUUGAUUAAGCCGUGGGAAGACGGGCAUUUGAAAAUGCGCGUACACCGUGAGAAUAUUCUCGUCGAGUCGAUGGAGCAGCUGCUGGGUGUACAGAUGGAACACAUCCACAUGCCGCUUCGCAUUGAGUUUAUUGGUGAGAUCGCGAUUGAUGCAGGAGGCUUGGAGCGUGAGUGGUUUUCGCUCGUGACGGAGCGUCUGUUUGACGAAACGAUUGGUCUGUUCAUGUGUGCGCACGUGGACUCACUGGCGUACGUCAUUAACCCGAACUCUGUCGAAGCCUCGGCAGAUCACUUGUUGUACUUCCGUGGCGCAGGCCGGCUUUUGGGUCGUGCGUUGCUGGAAGGUCAGUUGAUGAAGGCUCACUUGGCGCUUCCUGUGUUAAAGCACUUGCUGGGGGUUCCCAUUUCGUUCAGUGAUUUGGAGUUCUUUGACCAGGAAGUGUACAAUUCGCUCAAGUGGAUGAAAGAGAACGAUGGAGUGGAUGCGCUCGGACUGGACUUCACAGUCACCAACCGCAAGCUGAACGGCGAGGUGGAAACGAUUGAUCUGAAGGAAGGCGGCAAAGACAUCGAGCUGUCUGAUGAGAAUAAGCAGGAGUACAUCUACCUGCGCCUGCGGUACAUCAUGCUGGAUUCGUAUGCGGAACAGCUGCAACACCUUAUGGCUGGUGUAUUUGAGGUCAUCCCCCAAGAGUUGAUCCUCGUGUUUGAUUACCAGGAGCUGGAACUGGUGCUAUGUGGUGUGCCAUCCAUUGAUGUGGAAGACUGGAAGGCGCACACGCAGGUGUCCGAUGAGCUUCCCGAAGAGCUGUUAUCGUGGUUCUGGGAGACUGUCGAGGCCUUUUCGGACGAGGAGCGCGCGCGCCUGUUGCAAUUCACGACGGGCUCGUCACGUGUGCCUGUGCAGGGGUUCAAGGCGCUAACAAGUUAUGACGGGCGUAUAUGCCACUUUACGCUGAAAGCCGUUGCUUUCCCGGAACACGCGUAUCCACGGGCGCACACGUGCUUCAACCGCAUCGACCUGCCGCUGUACAAGUCAAAGCGGGAGCUGGAAGACGUGCUGUCACUGGUGAUAAAUAUGGAAGUUACGGGAUUUACAGACGAGUAA